CAUCAGCCUGUUAACUGAGAUCAUCGAAAAUGUAGGAAACAGCGUUCUCGUAUUUUCGCCGAGCCUCGCAUCUAGGAGUUGAGUUUCUUCUUUUUUUCUUCUAUUACUCAACUAACAUUCGUUUGUCUCAAAACAUACACUCUGACUACGGAACUGAUAAUAUCUAAUAAACAAAACUUCAUCGCCUUUUGACGAGUGUUGUAUUUGCAUGGUUCAUUGUCCCAUUCCAAGCAUUUAAAGGUCCUACAAUAAAAGCAUUCACUAUUGUAACUGAAAGUGCCUCCAAGCUAAACCGGUCGCUUGUCUACCAUCGUCUACUAUUGUUUACCAUAUACCCUGGGAACACAUAAUUUUGACGUUUCUCCCCCCAACCUAUUCUGUAGCUCCCAAGUUGUUUCAGCUUGGAUCACAGGCGCGGGCAAUUUAAUCUUUUGGUUUCUUGAAAGGGAGUUCAAAUCCUCUACGAUACCACCAGAUGACAGACCAUUCACCACACAUCCAAGAUGGCAGAAUCAAAGCAAAAUCCGCCUUGGAUGUCUGAAGGCCAAGCGGUACUACCACAACAACCGCAAAAGCGUUCAUGGUGGAAUAAUCAACAGCAACGCUUCCCUAUCUUGCAAAAGAAAAGAGGCGUUGCUCUCCUUAUCACCAUCAUGGUAUUACCUCUCUUCGGCCUAUUAGGCCUUCUUGCCUUACGAAAUCGAGGCGGCGGCAGCAGCGAGUCUGCGGGAGGAACUGGGAGUACUGGCCUCGUUACGGACGACACUUAUUUCUAUGGUCAAUCAGAGCCUGUUUAUCCUUCGCCGAUGAUGACGGGUACUGGAGCAUGGGCCGAUGCUUACACCAAGGCCCUCAAUUUCGUAAAACAACUUACGACCGAGGAAAAGGUAAGCCUAGCCUCGGGCCUCUCUUCAUCGACCGGCAGUUCCGGCACGGUAAAUGGUUGCUCGGGGAACAUCGACGCCAUACCCCGAAUGAAUUUUUCGGGAUUUUGUCUCAACGAUGCCGGCCAGGGUGUUCGUGGCACGGAUUUUGUCAGCGGAUUCCCAAGCGGCCUCCAUGUCGCCGCCAGCUGGAACAAGGUCUUAGCUCGAAGCCGUGCUGAGAGUAUGGGUCUCGAGUUCAGAGUCAAGGGAGUUCAAAUCCAUCUCGGACCCGUUGUUGGCCCACUCGGCCGAGUAGUACGCGGCGGCCGUAAUUGGGAGGGCUUCUCACCUGACCCGUACCUCUCGGGUGCACUUGUAUCAGAAACCGUACAGGGUAUCCAAUCUCAAGGUGUCAUCACAAGCACAAAGCACUUCAUUGGUAAUGAACAAGAGACGAACCGACAGCCUACUGGUGAUGUCGAAUCCUUCUCGGCUAAUAUUGAUGACCAGACUCUGCACGAACUUUACUUGUGGCCCUUCCAAGAUGCUGUCAAAGCCGGCACUGCCAACGUUAUGUGCUCAUACAAUCGAGUCAACAAUUCGUAUGCUUGUGCGAACAGCAAACUCCAGAAUGGUAUCCUCAAAACGGAGCUAGGCUUUCAAGGAGCUAUCACCUCGGACUGGGGUGCCAUGCAUGCUGGUGUAGCGUCAGCUGAGGCCGGAAUGGACAUGGUAAUGCCGAAUUCUGAUCUAUGGGGAGACAACCUUACGAAGGCGGUCAAGAACGGAUCAGUCACGGAGGAUCGUAUAAAUGACAUGGCUACACGAAUCAUGGCCGGUUACUACCAACUGGGGCAGGACCAAGGAUUCCCGGAUCCUGGUAUCGGCAUGCCUGCAGACUUGUCCAAACCGCACGACAUCGUCGAUGCAAGAAACAUUUCAUCUCAGAAGAUUCUGUUAGAUGGUGCUAUCGAAGGCCACGUCUUACUGAAGAACAGGAACAACACCCUCCCGCUGAAAAAGCCGAAGAUACUCUCGAUAUUCGGCUACUCCGCCAAGAACCCUGAUCAAUGGAACUACAAACCAAACGGUGGCGUUGCCGCGUGGACCUUUGGAGGCGAAUCAUCCUAUCUCGGGCGCGACACAGCAGCUGGGUUUUCAGGCCACUACUAUGAAGCCUUCUCUGACAUAGCUCCCAACGGAACAAUAUUCAGCGGUGGGGGUUCCGGCGCCGUGACACCCGCUUCCGUUAGCGCGCCAUUUGACGCCCUGAACGCCCGCGCGUUGGACGAUCGUACCGCCGUGUUCUGGGAUUUCUUCAACCCCGAGCCAGACGUUACCGCCACGUCCGAUCCUUGCCUUGUCAUCGUCAAUGCGUUCGCAAGUGAAGGAUAUGAUCGCCCGGGUCUGCGAGACGAUUAUACUGACGGAUUGAUCCGGCACGUGGCAGACCGAUGCAACAAUACUAUAGUGGUCUUUCAUAAUGCCGGCGUCCGACUUGUAGACCAAUGGAUUGACCACCCCAACGUGACAGCACUGAUAUUCGCGCACUUACCUGGAGAAGCAUCCGGUCGAGCGCUCGUAUCACUCCUCUAUGGAGAAUCAAACCCGUCCGGUAAGCUACCUUUCACGAUCGCCCGCAACGAGUCCGACUAUGAAGCAUUCGCGGGACCCGACCUUCCAUCCGGCCAAUUUGAAAAGUUCCCGCAGUCCAAUUUCAGCGUCGAGGGCGUGUACAUCGACUAUCGCCAUUUUGAUCUCAAGAACAUCACACCCCGGUACGAAUUCGGGUUUGGUUUGAGCUACACUACGUUCGAGUAUUCGGACCUACAGGUCACGAAACAAAACAGUACGAAUACGGACGAAUAUCCCACCGGCGCGAUUCGCGAAGGCGGACAAGAAGACCUGUGGGAUGUGGUGGCGACGGUCAACGCGACUAUUCGGAACAGCGGCGAUGUGGACGGUGCUGAGGUCGCGCAGUUGUACGUGGGCAUCCCGAACGCGCCUGCGAAACAGCUUCGCGGUUUCGAGAAGCCGGCGGUGAAUUCGUCAGCUACGGUGACGGUCGGGUUUGAACUUACGAGACGAGAUCUUAGUAUUUGGGAUGUGGUGGCCCAGAAAUGGCGCCUGCAGCCAGGCAAAUAUGGCGUUUUUGUGGGAGGCAGUAGCAGGAAUUUGCCGUUGACAGGCACUUUAACGAUAUAAUGAGUUGCACUAAAGGUAAAAGGGAUAGGUAUGGCCUGGUAAGGGUAAUGAUAAGGAUAUGAAUAGGGUAUGGCUAGGGUAUGGAUAUGCUGCAUGAGACUGACUAGGUACACAUGAUAACAGGUGGGGAUAAGGGAAUACCUAAGGACAAUGCAGCUACAUAGGUAACAACUCUUAAUGCCACGAGACGAUCGCAUCUGCACGUUAGAGCCAUGAACCCGGUUCGCCAAAUAAAAGAUCGGUUGGAGUUACUCUUGGGAGGGUGGCUGCUAGAGUGGCAAUGGCCAUUACGAAGACCUCUACAUGAACUGCGUUCGGACCAGUAUUCGGAGCUAUACCUUUCUCGCGUGUUACAUAAGGCGACCCUUGAAGUGAGAGAUUUGAUUUAGGAAAAAAAACUCUGUUAUAAAUCUAUGAUGGAUGGGAUGUUACUAUUGACGGGAUAAAAACUAGGGCGUAUCGAGCUAGAAU